CGUGGAAUUAAAGUCACUUCCUGGUUCUUGUGGAGCUAGCUGUCAUAAUCCUGCCGACACUGGGGUUCAUGGGGAGAAUGAUCUUAGACAAUGCUUAGAAUGAAUAGGAAAGGGGCUCGGAAGGUCCAAGGAGUCAUUUUAGGUGUCGGAUUAUGUUGUGUUCUUGUGUGGGAAUAUUUUGUUGCUGAUCCUGAUUCUGUCCAAAAUGCUGUUGACCAUCAAUUUCACCCCAGCAUCCUCAAGGAUGUGGGGAACCUUCUUUCGAGAGAUAGUGAAUUCGGCUUCAAAUCAAGACAUUUGCUCUACAACUUGCCAAAUUGUACCCCACCCGCCAUUGAACAGUUUCCUAAGGGUCUCAUGACGAAGGACCAGCGCCAAAAAGGCGGUUUGACUAUACAUGUGGUUUUGACGUUAUACAUGUUCUUGGCCCUUGCCCUUGCCUGUGAUGAUUAUUUUGUUCCUUCUUUGGAGAGGAUUAGUGACGCGCUUGACCUCCAGUCCGAUGUAGCAGGGGCCACAUUCAUGGCUGCAGGCAGCUCGGCACCAGAACUUGCAACAGCUGUGAUAGGGGUGUUCAUUGCAAAGGACGAUAUAGGCCUUGGCGCAGUGGUCGGCUCUGCUAUUUUUAACAUCAUGUUUGUGAUAAGUGUCUGUGCACUAUUUGCUGGAAUGGUAGUGUAUCUGCACUGGUGGCCACUUUUCAGGGAUAGCAUAUUUUAUUUGAUUAGCAUCAUUGCCUUAACCGUAUCAAUAUAUGAUGAAUAUGUCCAGUGGUAUGAAGCUUGGGCCCUUCUGAUCCUGUACUUCCUCUACAUCAUCCUCAUGUUCUUCAAUCCACGCUUAGAAAAAUUUAUGGUGGCGACAUUUACGUGUUGUCCUGUGCGUAAAAAGGAAGAAGCGCAUCAUAUGCCGAUGAUUAAUCACAAUGGGAAUGGACCUCGACAAAAAGUACCGCAUACACAAUUAGAUAUGGAUGGCAGCUCAGACGAAUCUCCAGAGGACAUCCCCGAAAAAGAGUCAAAUGGUGUCAGUGUUCCAUUAUUGGAUGAAAGUCAACGGCCAGAACAGAAUGAAGAAACAGAUCACUUCAGAGUCGAAGAGGAGGAGGAUGGUCAUUUUCAUCAAGGGGUGAAAUCAUCAGAAGGCAAGGAUGAGCCGAGUUCACCACUUUCUAUUCCUGACGGGUGCUAUAAAAAAUUUAUGUGGAUAAUCUCGUUACCAUUGACAAUUUGCAUGUUUUUUACGAUACCGGAUUGUCGGAAGGCGAGAUGGACGCGGUGGUACGUGGUGACCUUCACGAUGUCACUCGUGUGGAUAUCGGGCUUUUCUUAUGUUAUGGUGUGGAUGAUGACAAUUAUAGGUUACACAUUAAAUAUUCCCGACACUGUGAUGGCCUUGACCUUCGUGGCAGCAGGCGUGAGUGUUCCCGACGCCAUUGCGAGUCUUAUUGUUGUCAAGGAUGGUUUUGGUGACAUGGCCGUUUCCAAUGCCAUCGGAAGUAACGUAUUUGACAUUCUUCUCUGUCUUGGUCUGCCGUGGGUGUUGAGGACAUCAGUGACACAACCAGGGGUGCCUGUACGAGUGUAUAGUGCUGGUCUGAUUUAUGCCUCUGUGACGCUGCUAUCGACCGUAGUCUUCCUCCUCAUCGCCACCCACCUCAAUCGCUGGAGGCUGACAAAGCCAUACGGUGUCGUCCUCAUGUUCAUGUACAUCAUCAUCACAGCAGUCUCGUGCCUUUUUGAACUGAACGUUUUCGGCUAUUUACAUCCACCUGUGUGUCCGAGCAGCUACUGAGGAGCUCGUUGCAGACAAUCAUACAGUAGAAUCUCUCUAUUAAGGACACCCUCGCGACUGACGAGUACUGUCCCUAAUAGGGAGGUGUCCUGAUGAGAGAGGUCAAAUUGAAUGGAAACAACCGAUUCGGAAACAAAACUAGUGUCCUUAAUAGAGAGGUUGUCCUUAUUAGAGAGGUGUCAACUUAGGGAGGUUCCACUGUCCCAAAUAGGUUGUUUCCAUUCAAUUAGAAUCCUCUAAUCAGGACACCUCUCUAUUAAGGACAGCACUUGUCAGUCCCGAGGGUGUCCUUAAUAGAGAGGUUCUACUGUAAAUGUAAGCUGGGCUGUGUAUUAUUUAUUCACAACGUGCUGUCCAAAAUGUGUUGAUAUUUUUUUUGAAUUUUGUUUGUUGCAUGAAUGUUUUCAGAACCUCUUUUAUCAUGUUCAAUACAGAGAAAUAUUUUUCUACUACAUAUACUAGAAAUAUUAUGGUCAAAGAGAAGAGGGAUUAGUUACAUGUAUUAGAGGAUUUCCUUUCCUUUUUUGGCUACUUUUGCCAAAUAAUUUUUUUUUCGCUGUGAAGCUCGUUAGAAAAUCCUAACAAUUGUCAUUAUAAUUCACUCUUUGUCUGUCUUUAACUUAAGGUGUCUCUCUUUCUCUAAAACGCAACUACAAGGUUUUGUAAUUGCAGUGGAUCACGCAGAAGUUCAAAUUUUAAAAAGCUAUCUCCGGUUUAAAGUUGCAAUUUGAAUCUCAAAUAAAUGCUUUUGUUGCAAUUUUUGAAGCGAGGCCAUUAAUUUCAUGCACUGACCACACCUACACCUUCCAUAGUUUAAAUCACGUGCCAACGUUUGGGUGAUGUUUGUAUUUGGUAUUAUAUACAUAUAAUUGCUUGAGUGAUUGUUUGUUUGUUAAAUAAUAAUUGUUCCAAAAAUAGGUCUCCACAUCAGAUCGAAAUAACUUUAUUUCACAAAUUUUAGAGACGCAACUUAUUUCUAUAAGGUGGAACCUCCCUUAGCGGACACCGCUCUAUUAAGGGCAACCUCUCUAUUAAGGACAUGCCUUUUGCCACCAAAGUGGUUGUUUCCUUCAAUUUGACCUCUCUAAUCAGGACACCUCUCUAUUAAGGACAACACUUGUCAGUCCCGAGGGUGUCCUUAAUAGAGAGGUUCUACUGUAUUUGGUUAUUUCUACCUCUUUUCUGAUGAUGUGAAAGCAUCUAGUAAAUGAUAGGCCUUUGUUAUUGUUCAAAUCUUCAAGCACUGUGACUCGUCGUAAAUCGAAAAAAGUAAACAAUGUCUGCACUGCUCCAUGGGUCUGCGGUGCAGGGUUCAAUUCCUCUGCUGCUCCCGUGUCAAGGGUAGCCAAAGGGUAAACCGUGGUUUGAUCGUAUCACACCGGUUCUCAUGCGACUCCAUUGGCUUCCUGUUAAAUACAGGAUUGUUUUCAAAGUGCUUUUAUUUACAUAUAAGGCAAUACAUGGAGUCGCACCUGCGUACCUGUGUGAUAUGGUCAGACUGAGGCACCAUUCCACCUACCAUCUCCGCUCUGUUAUUGCUCCAACUUUGGUGGUCCCUCGCACUAACCCAGCUACCUUCCAACAUCAGGCUUGCUGGUUCCAUAGACAUUUUCAAAACUCUCCUGAAACAACACCUUUUCAGGGAGUGUUUUGCUUUGUAAAGCGCCUGAGAAUUUAAGUUUUUCUUUUAAUUCAGGCGCUAUAGAAAUUCUUAUAUUCAUUCAUUCAUUCAGUCACUUGGGCUUGCCAGGAGGAUAAUACCCAUGUCAGGUAAAUGUUCUGGCUCCCAUGCGAACCUUGCCAAGUCACACGUUUAUUAAAACACCUAGCAUCACCCCUCCUGUCUGCACCACUACACCCAUAGCAUCUGUUCCUACACUAUCACUUGUAAAAACUCAAUGGAGCAUUAGGCCAUGGGAACACAGCAGAACCUCUCUAUUAAGGACACCCAUGGGACUGACAUGUGCUGUCCUUAAUAGUGAGGUGUCCUGAUUAGAGAGGUCAAAUUGAAUGGAAAUAAUCAAUUUGGGACCAAAACAAGUAUCCUUAAUAGAGAGGUUGUCCUUAUUAGAGAGGUGUCCGCUAAGGGAGGUUCCACUGUAAUUAAUCCGGUUUACCGUCCACCUCCCGCAUGAGUUCAGAGCAUACUUCAAAUUUGUCAUUAUUUUUGAAAAAAGCUAUUUCUUUUAUUGCUGCCAUUAUUUUUUAUUCAAACAAUCUUUUUCCAGUGGUUCAUCUUUACCUAAACUGAUUGAAAAACACAUUAAAACGUGACAGGGUAGGGUCACACCAUAAUAAUGACAUUUUUUCAAUGCCUCAUAUUGAUGACUGACCCGAUUUCCAUUCGCUGGAACUUGCCCGCGAAUCACGUGUUUUGACCAGUAAAUCAGACUGUAAACUGAUAAUGAAUAAUGAAAAAUGAAAAAAAGCCUCAUCAUCUUUUUUGAUAUCUCAGACGGUAAACCGGAUUAAUCAUUCCCAUGGCCUUACCUACACCAUUUGCUGACCCAUGCGCCGCUCAGCAAAUUCUAUAAGGCAAAGGUCCAAUUUUGGACCAUGAUGCUUUCAUUGAUGAUGGUGAUAUUUGCCACUACGUGAAGUAUCUAUCACAUUAAAGAUGGCCUCAAAUAAAUGACUUGCGUUUAAUUGCCCAUCAGUUUUGUACUUAGCUUGCGAAAGUCAGGGAGGCCUCUAGAUAUAGAGUAGAACCUCUCUAUUAAGGACACUCUUAGGACUGACAAGUGCUGUCCUUAAUAGAGAGGUGUCCUGAUUAGAUAGGUCAAAUUGAAUGGAAGCAACCUAUUUGGGACCAAAACUAGUGUCCUUAAUAGAGAGGUUGUCCGCUAAGGGAGGUUCCACUGUACAUUCUGUUCCAGUACACUGCUUAUUACCGUUUAGUGGGUUUCAGAGAUCUAGUGUGGAGAAGUCAUGGGCCAGCUGGAAUCCAUUUUCAUAUGAAAGCAACAUAUCUUACACUCAAUUUGUGUUGUCCCUUUAGCAUGAGAAAUUGAUCCUUCAGCUGUACCACGCUAUAGCCUCGAUACUUUUUGGGGUCGGACCUUCGCGGUCCAGGCCAGUAGACUGUGGAACUGUCUGGACUGUUCACUACGUGAAUGCGAUUCAAUCCUCGGUUUUAAGACAGGGCUGAAGACCCUGCUCUUUCAAGAGUGUUAUUUGUGAAAAAGCGCUUGUGAGCAGGACCUUUCUUGGAACAUGUGCUAUAUAAGACAUCAUUUACAUUUACAUGUAUAAACAGCAUCCACACCUGAAUUAAAGGGACAAUAUAGGCAGCAGCUUGGCAGGCAAGAUAAAGUCACAAAAAGGUCGCCAAUAGGGGUCUCUCACAUCUCACAGUAAGUCGAAAUGAUUCACGCUUGUAUGAGGAAUAUAUUUAGUGCUGAAUCUGACAUGACCAAGGGCUCUUACUGUGUAAAUUAGUCACAUGUAGAUGGCCAAAUUAGCCCCUCUGCACCUGCCUAUAGUCCCCCUUUAAUUCAUGAAUUAUCUAUUUAUUGUUUGUACUUUUGUUGAAUGAAAUUAAUCAAAAAAAAUAACCUUUCAUAUAUUUGUAAAUAAUUUAAUUGUUAUGAUUUAUUUGCUUCAUACUUAAUGACAGUCAUAGUAGUAUUUUCACUAACAUAAUUUGUGUUGUUGUUAGCUCUUUGAAUGCUGGGUUUCUUGACUACUGAGUGUUGCAGAAAAUCUGAAUGCUGGGUUUCUUGACUACUGUGUGUAUCAAAAAAUCUGCAUCAGCUUUUAGAAACUUGCAUAUUCAUAAUAGUUAUCCUUUUGAGUGAAUAGGUUUAUCUCUUCACUGUGUGAUUAUUAAUCUAGUGUUCCUUAUUGUAGAUUUUGUUAUUUGGUAAUCAUGUUGUUCAAAAAGAAUUUUUAUAAGUUGAUCAAUUGAAAAAGUGUCUUCUUCGAGACAGAUUAUCACCGUAAGUUCUGUUGAAUAUUUUUGUCAUGUUUAUAUUAUUUCAUUCUUCCUGACUCCACUGCCUAUGUGUCAACUCGGAAAAAUGCACAUGCCUUUUAUUUUCGCAUUUUUCCACCUUCACAGACAAUCACAAGAAAAUAUGGCAGCGAAAAGAAAAUCUAAUUCAAAAGUGUCACAACCUACAUACAUUAGAACCUCUCUAUUAAGGACUCCCUCGGGACUGACAAGUGCUGUCCUUAAUAGAGAAGUGUCCUGAUUAGAGAGGUCGAAUUGAAAGGAAACAACCUAUUUGGGACCAAAACUAGUGUCCUUAAGAGAGAGGUGUCCGCUAAGGGAGGUUCUACUGUACUGUACUUUUAACAGCGUUGUGAUUGUGCUUUAGAGUACCCAAAAUCAGCAAUUUUGCAAAACGGUGAAAUAAAAGGCCGCAAAUAUUUUCGUGUAUACAGUAUUACGCCUAGGCAGGUUUGAAAAUGAUGUUACCUGUUUGUUAGAAAUCUCAAAAAUAGCCCUAUGUUGAUUUGAUUUGCAUUAUGUAGCUGUCUUGUCUGUUUUGAAUUAAUGUAAACAAUGAAAUGUUCGCAAAGCUAAAAUUUGGCUGAUUUGCUCGUUUUCAAUUGGCGGUAAACUGAAUUAUCACAUCUGCUGCCAUAAUUUGAUUGUUUGUAUGAAUAACAGAUAUAAUUUUCCAGCUUUGUUAUUUUAAGUUCAUACUUGACAGUGUAUUCACAAAAAAAGUGAAAAUAAAACACAGUUUAUAGUACCUGGAUUUCUAGGGAAGGGUGUUAAAUAAAUUUAAUGGUUUCACCUUCCAAUACAAGUUUAUUUACGUGUUGUGCUCUCAGUUCCAAAAGGUGUUGGCCACAUUAGCAAUGUUUGUAAUGGAAAGCAAUUUUUGUAAUGAAAAGCAAUGUUUGUAUGGAAAGCAAUGUUUUGAUGGGAAGCAAUGUUUGUAAUGGAAAGUAAUGUUUGUAAUGGAAAGUGAUGUUUGUAAUGGAAAGCAAUGUUUGUAAUGGAAAACAAUGUUUGUAAUGGAAAGCAAUCUUUGUAAUGGAAAGCAAUGUUGUUAUGGAAAGCAAUGUUUGUAAUGGAAAGCAAUGUUUGUAAUGGAAAACAAUGUUUGUAAUGGAAAGCAAAGUUUGUUAUGGAAAGCAAUCUUUGUAAUGGAAAACAAUGUUUGUAAUGGAAAGCAAAGUUUGUUAUGGAAAGCAAUCUUUGUAAUGGAAAACAACGUUUGUAAUGGAAAUCAAUCUUUUUAAUGGAAAGCAAUAUUACGUCUUGAUUUGAUUGCAGUGGUCUUUGGUGUCACAACCAAAGACAACUUGGUUAAUUUUUUAUGAAGCAUGUCUCUAUGAUCCAUUUUAGAAUGGAAAUUAGUACCUCUCUGUUGGUCCUUGUUUGUCUAAUCAAGGCCGCUCUGUUAGACGUCAAAUUAUGUCCAAAACCCUCAGCUGAUGCCUCAUUUAUAUGUCGACAUUUUCGGUGUAGACUCGGCAGUCUUGAUAGGACAACCAAGGACUGCCAGCUUGGUAUUAAGAUCUAGCCUGAAUUCUGGUUGUGACUUUGUCUUGGAAGAUCAAUUUGGGACGAAUGUUAAGUAAUUCAACAGAGUAUCAUUCCGUGCUACACAGCCAUGGGAUAAGGAUGUAACAUGUAAGUCUUUCUGUCACAACAAUGGUCAUAGUGCUCAGCUCGGCUAAUUGGUCAAGGAACGGGAAGUAGUUCGGUACAUUUUAACAUCCCAAAAAUAUGCACUUUUUGGGCUUAUUCGAAUGGGGUUUGAAGACCCCUUUUAUACCUCAAGGCAGUAACGGCUAAGGCACUUACAGUACUAUUGACUUCCCUAUCGUAUCUUCCAUUGACUUUUUCUGUGUGUUGCAAGUAUAGAUAAGAGAAUCUUUAACCCAUACUUGCAUCAAGUGAUAAUAACGACUAGUCUUUAUCAACUCUUGAUACCAUUCAUGCAAUUUCCUUUUUGGAAUGAGGGUGCUACAUUAAGGGGCUACUUAAUAUCAACACUUACGUCAUACGAUACUUAAUGAACAUAUUCAAUGCGAUUUUCAGGAUAUUGUCACAUUUUGUUUGGCAAUUAUACAACAUUGCAGGGAUGUGAAUGCAGAAAGUACUUCAUCAUAUCAUUGACCUUCUAAAAAAACCUUUAAAAAGGUUCAUCAUUUCGAAUUCUUUUUGAAAA